UGUUUAGUUUCAGCUAGUGUUUGCAACUCCGACCUCAAAAGUUGUCGAAAAGUGUUGCUAACUAGUUGUCCAGAAAAGAAGCAACGGGGACAAACGUCAAUCAUCAUUUGUUCGCGCCAGCUUUCGACGCCCGGCCUGGAGAAGGCGUCGCUAUCUAGAAGUAAACUCUGAUACAGGACGGAGUGAUAGGAGGCCCAGUUUUUAAGCCUAACUCUUCACUACAAGGCACUCAUCAGUUGAAGUCGAGUCUCCUUUCCGCACAUUUGCUGCAGACAUGUUGCCGUCCAUCGUCGUAGUAAGCACGCUGAUCCUCGGCGCCGCCUUAGCAGAGAGCACAGUGUUCCUGCAGCGCAGCGCAGCAGGGCAGAUCCUACGCCCGUCCGCCAGGAAGCGACGAGGCAACUCCAACUUGCUGGAGGAGCUCUUUCCUGGAGACCUGGAGAGGGAAUGUUACGAGGAGAGGUGCUCACAGGAGGAAGCGGCUGAGAUCUUCCAGUCUCAAGAGAAGACGAUGGAGUUCUGGUUCAGAUACACAAACAUGAAUCCGUGUAGGACAAACCCUUGUCUCAAUGGCGGCAUGUGCACUAUGGAGCGAGGACACUUCCUGUGUCUCUGCCCUCCUCGCUUCCACGGCGAGACCUGCCACUCGGAGGUGUCGCUGUGUCGCUAUAAAAAUGGAGGCUGCCUGCAGUACUGUACAGACCUGCCUGGGGGCGCUGGUGUUCAGUGUGGCUGCGCUGACGGCUUCAAACUGGACUCAGAUGGACGCAGGUGUUCUAAGACAGAUCAGGUCAACGUCACGGUGGGCACGAACGUCACAUGGGAUGACAACUACACACACAGCUGGUUCAACUGGACACGCGGCAGCGAGGAGGUGGCAGUCAACUCGUCUCAGCUGCAGGAAGUGGGCGGGGCGAGCGGGCUGGCUGAGGGCUUGAGUCCUCGCAUCGUGGGAGGAACCUUAGAGAAGCCUGGAGGGAGUCCUUGGCAGGUUCUGAUCCGAAGGGUGGAUGGUUACGGUUUCUGUGGAGGAACGCUGGUGUCGGACCGCUGGGUGCUGUCUGCUGCUCACUGCUUCCAGCAGAGGGCGCACCACGUUACCAUAGGUGACUACGACAAGCAGCGUAAAGAUCCAGGUGAGCAGAUGAUUAAGGUCCAGCAGGUGCUGAUUCAUCCUUAUUUCCACUCGUUCACGCUGGACAGCGACAUUGCUCUGCUAUACCUGGCCCGGCCCAUCGUAAGAGGACCCACCGCCAUCCCUGCCUGCCUGCCUGACCCCCACCUGUCCACGUACCUGCUCCAGGGGGACAACAGGGGUGUGGUGACGGGGUGGGGAACCACAAAGUACCUGGGUAGGUCCUCACGGUUCCUCAGGAAGGUGGCGCUCCCGGUGGUCAGCCACCACUCCUGCAGCCUGUCUAGUGAGCAGGUGAUCACAGACAACAUGUUCUGUGCAGGAUACCUGAAGGCCAGCAGUGACGCCUGCAGUGGCGACAGCGGCGGUCCCUUCGUGGUCAACUACAGGGGGACGUGGUUUCUGACCGGCAUCAUCAGCUGGGGCGAGGAAUGCGCCGCCAGUGGCAAAUAUGGCGUCUACACCCGUUUGGGGAACUUCCUGACCUGGAUCAGAACCACCAUGGCCAGAGUGGACUUGAACGCCACGCAGAGCUGAAGACGCUUUUGUUUUUGUGAUGAUGAUGAAUGAGGACGGGUAUUGAGGACAGACAAUAAAGCAUGUGUGAAGACGUGUAUUUGAUACGUACACCUCUUUAGCGCUCCCACCAGGAGGCACUGCCGGUGCGGUUCUGUAUCCACUCCACGUAUUUGACCACGCG